UCAGAGUCUAGCACUUUUAGGGAAUAUUCUCUCGGGCCCCCUGGAUCCCUAGGCUAACUCUUCACUGUUUGUGUUGGCUAUUGUGAGUGUCAAAGAUGUCAUCAUAAUUUCUAAUUAGCAGUUGCAAAAAGAAUUUUCCAACUCAAAUGCUGUGCAUCUGAAGUAUUUUGCAGCUCUUGGCCUUUGUAAUUUGUUGCCCAGAGUUUUAGGCAAAAAAUAUAUCACAAUGCUUGUUCUUGUUUUGGGAGAUUUACACAUUCCUCACAGAUGCAGUAGUUUGCCAAGUAAAUUUAAAAAACUCUUGGUACCUGGAAGAAUUCAACAUAUAUUAUGUACAGGAAAUCUCUGUACAAAGGAAUCAUAUGACUACUUGAAAACACUGGCCAGUGAUGUUCAUGUAGUGAGAGGCGAUUUCGACGAGAAUCUCAAUUAUCCGGAGCAAAAAGUCGUAACUGUUGGACAAUUCAGGAUUGGACUUUCACACGGCCACCAGGUAGUUCCCUGGGGUGAUCCAGAGGCAUUGGCGCUGAUUCAACGUCAAUUGGAUGUAGAUAUUCUAAUAUCUGGGCAUACACACAAAUUUGAGGCGUAUGAACAUGAGAAUAAAUUCUAUAUCAAUCCGGGAUCAGCUACUGGGGCCUAUAAUCCACUCGAUACGUCUGUCAUUCCUUCAUUCGUUCUCAUGGACAUUCAAAGCUCAACUGUAGUGACAUAUGUCUAUCAACUCGUUGGAGAUGAAGUCAAAGUCGAACGAAUUGAAUAUAAAAAGAGUUAAAUAAUUGUAUGAAGAAACAAUUUAUUUGACGGUGAAUAUACUCUUAAAUAAUGAUUCGAGAAAUCAUUGAGUAUAACACCGCUAAACUCUGCAAUUGUGGUGGAUCUUGUAUGACAUGCUGAUUUAAUAACGCAUCUUGUAAAUAAAUGAUUAUAAUCAUUGAAAAUGGAAUGUCGAAACUUAUACAUGACUGAUUCAAGCGUGAAA